UGAGAUGUUACGUUACCAUACGCUGUCCGUAUGAUUUCAUUUGGGUCAAACUGACAUCUAAAUGUGUCAUCGAAAAAAAAUAUUAUUGUAGCAGCUUCAUCCAUUAGAGAGUGAUUUGACUCUUGACAUUGUUGCACCGAUGGGUGGGUGUUGGUCGCCUGCAAGAACCAAGUCGAUUUAUGUUAUCAUCUUUUGAUUUGUCUUUCAAGCUCCAAGCCUAUAGUGCUUCGAUUUACUUAAUAAUUCAUUUUUGAAGAAGGAGGCGACGGUCAUAUCGCAACGAUAGAACGGGUAGGAGGGAGGAGGAAGAGACCGUCAAGCUUGGGAGGAAGGAAGCGAGGAUCACGAAAGCACAGCGAGAAACAAAUGCCUCGACAUUUAUUUAAUCUUUGUCCAGCUCUUGGGUGAAAACAGACUGAAAUGAAGCGUCAAUUUGUGAUGAUAGAAAUCGCCUUUUUCGUAUAGGCUAUUCAGGCUCUUGAGGGUUGUGUGUGUAUGACGAACCAAACCUGAGGCGAAGGAAACGGGAAAGGCUACAGCAGAAGCAAAUUCAUCUCGAGAAGACAUCCAGUCUAUAGGAGCAAUGGUGGCUCUGCACUUAAAUUUGACGUUUUUUUGACAUCUGGAAAGAAGCUACCAAGAGGAAAUCAAGACAGAAUCGACCAACGGGAAGCUCUGAAUACAUACUAAUUUAAUCAGUGUUGGUUUUUGUCAAGAAGAUCAAGGGGGACUUAGCUCGUCCCGUCUAAACAAUCCAGCCCAUAGUCGUUCGACGUGGGGAACAGCUGCCUCACAAGCAAGAUAAAAAAUACAGGUGGCUGAGUGGCCAAGGGUGAGCGAGUGGGCUUGGGGGAAUCCACCAUGAGUGAGCUGGAGCAGCUUCGGCAGGAGGCAGAGCAACUGAGGAACCAGAUAAGAGAUGCGAGGAAAGCAUGUGGGGACUCCACCCUUACCCAGAUAACUGCAGGUCUGGACCCGGUUGGGCGUAUUCAGAUGCGGACGAGGCGUACUCUUCGUGGCCACCUGGCUAAGAUUUAUGCCAUGCACUGGGGCACUGACUCAAGGCUUCUGGUCAGUGCAUCUCAAGACGGGAAACUGAUCAUCUGGGACAGUUACACCACUAAUAAGAUGCAUGCCAUCCCCCUGCGCUCCUCCUGGGUGAUGACGUGUGCCUACGCCCCUUCUGGGAACUUUGUAGCCUGUGGGGGGCUCGACAACAUCUGCUCCAUCUACAGCCUGAAGACCCGAGAGGGCAACGUCCGCGUGAGCCGAGAACUACCUGGCCAUACAGGUUACCUGUCCUGCUGUCGUUUCAUUGAUGACAAUCAAAUCAUCACAAGUUCAGGAGACACAACCUGUGCAUUGUGGGAUAUCGAGACUGGGCAGCAGACCACUGUGUUCUCCGGUCACAGCGGAGACGUCAUGAGCCUGUCCCUGGCCCCGGACUCCCGUAUGUUUAUCUCGGGUGCGUGUGAUGCCUCCAUCAAGCUCUGGGACAUCCGCGACAGCAUGUGCAGACAGACUUUCACUGGUCACGAAUCGGACAUCAACGCUGUCUGCUUCUUCCCGAGCGGCAGCGCGUUUGCCACAGGCUCCGACGACGCCACCUGCCGUCUGUUUGACCUGCGCGCUGACCAGGAGCUCGGCCUUUACUCCCAUGACAACAUCAUCUGCGGCAUCACCUCCGUAGCCUUCUCCCGCUCUGGGCGCCUGUUGCUCGCUGGCUACGAUGACUUCAACUGUAACAUCUGGGACGCCAUGAAGGGCGACCGACCAGGUGUGUUGGCGGGUCACGACAAUCGCGUCAGUUGUCUGGGUGUUACGGAAGAUGGUAUGGCAGUGAGCACUGGAUCUUGGGAUAGCUUCCUCAAGAUUUGGAACUGACCUCAGACACACACACACACACACACACACACACACACACGUAACUACUUUUACUCAGACUGUCUCUCCAUCUUUUUCUUUGUUUCCUUUCUAUAACACACACACACACACGCACGCACUCACAAAAUGGUCAUACAGUAUUCCUACUUUACACACUUCAGUGCACACAUUGCACUCUGGAUGCACACUGUAUUGUAUAUAAGGUGUACACACACAUGCACAUCCAAACACAUGGAAGGUCAUUGUAAAUAUUAAUUACAUUUAGGUAUGAGUUUACAUACCCGUUAAUAUACAUGUCACAAGCAAUUCUUCUCGAUGCCAAUCAGAAUGUAUGCAGAUUUACCCACUUGAAGUAUACACAAAUGAUCACAUAUUACUAUUCUGUAAAUGUCUGUACUGACAAACACUUUACAAUGCAUACUACAUCUUACACUGAAUCACAAAGUGACCAAAACAACUUCUACAUAAAAGGAAGUGUUUGGUAAGCUGGUAGAUGCUUUAUGAACUCCUGGUAUGACCAGUAUUUCUUUCUUUCUAAUUGGCUUUCCCUUUCUCUCUCUUUCACUCUUGCACACACACACACAUUUUCAAAGACAGACAGACACACACACAGACACACCUGCUUGUUUUAAAAAAUACCUUCUCAGAAGCUCACAAGAGACCUCGAGGGACUACUUGAAACAGUUCCUUGUCACAUCUUUGAUUUUGUUGCAUAUCCCUAGCAUUCUGUAAACACAGUGAUCUGAACCGAGGAGAAUGCGUCCACUGUCUCUACUGAAGCAGAGGGCAGAGAGAAGCCCAAACCCCCAAAACACUGCCAAAUAUCUCAGCUGACUUACAUGGCCAUUUCUGUUGUGAACGUUUUUAUAGAUAUGUACACCUGACCUGCAUAUAUAUAUCAGUAAUAUAUGAUAGUUUUUGUUCCGAUGGUUUUAAUUUUUGUUUUAUUUUCUAUGCUUAUUUUAUUCAUUUUCCUGUGUGCCUCAUAUACACUGUAAGAUGAAAGCGGUAAAUAGAAACGAACUAAAAACACCAAAUAUCUGAAGUAACAGUCCCUUGGUACACUGACGGAAUGACAUGGCAUUUAAAUAAGAACUCCAUGUACUGACACAUGUUUGGCAACCCAGUACAACCGUCAAUGGUUCAUAAUAUAUUGAAUGUCACAGGUCUAAGGGAACUGUUAAAAUCGCUGACCAUGUUAUAUUUCAGAAUGUACUGCAUUUUCAAAUUGUUUUCAUUUGCAAGUAACACUUCAGUAACAAUUCACUGCACUGUCUUUAUUAAAAAUGUAUAUCAAUGUUCA